CUCAAAUAAAAAGGGACAUUCUGUACUCUUAUUGAGAAAUUCGAUCUCACACGGGGGACCAGUAAGAAAAUCUAUGCACUCACUACUCUUAAGUUGCUCUGGAUAAGAGUGUCUGCUUAAUGACUAAAAUGGAAAUGUAAAAUGUACUGUCCCCUCAUAUGAAACAUUUGAUCUUAAAUCCAAAAUGCUGGAGUAUAGAGACACAUUUUACAUUUUGGCUUCACUGUCCAAUUAGAUAUGGAGGGGGGUGUAAGUCCAAUAGCAGCAGUUAUGGUGUGUAGUUCUAAUUCUCAGAGCCAGUAGAACAUUCUGAGCCUUUCUACUCAUACACAUCUCACUUCCAUCUGGUUAGGGCAACAGGUGUUUUUCCAGUUUGCAUUCUGGCUAGGCAUGAUGACAAUGCUGUCACCCAUUGUGUACAUCUAAUCCCCCUCAAACUUAACUCUGGAACUCGAAGCCAGUUCCACUGCAUUUUUUCAUUGUUCCACUCUUAUCAGGGGCUGAUUUUGACCUGGGUCACCAGGUGUGUGUGCAAUUAAUUAUGAGGUAGACAGAUAACCAGCAGGCUCCAGACCUCAUAGGGUAAGAGCUGAAUACCCCUGCUUUAAACCACCAUUCAUUUUAACACACCUGCAGUGUAUGUCAUAGCUGUCAUCCAUGAAUGUCAAGAUUCUUAACAUGAACAAAAAAUAUUAUUCUUUGUCAUCGUAGCUACAGUACAUUCCACCUUAUUUACCUUUCUAUAGAACAUAGAGGGAAUUUCCAUUGAAAAGACUCAUGAGUACCAACAUAUGAAGUUCAUAGGAGCAUAUCAAAUUGGGUGUCGAAUGAACGUCUGUAUUUUGGGGAAAUGAAGGCAUAUAUACAUUUUCAACAUUUUUCCAUCUUAAAAAUUAGGCAUAAAGUAAAGGCUUUGAUUUCUGGAUAAAAAUAUGGAAAAGUGCUCUUAAUGUACUAGAAAAACUCUUUAAAGGUAUCAGAAAUACAUCAAAACAAAAAUAAUGUUGACGUUAAAACCCCUGGCACUAAUAUCAAUACUUAUAUUUAAUUUAAAAAACUCACAUAUCUUUAAGAUAUUUUCAAAUUUCUCUCCCUCAUGAAGAAUGAGGUUAAAGAAAGUUCACUGAAGCUGAAGCAAUAGUAAAAAUAAAGAAAAACCCUUGAAUGAGUAGGUGUGUCCAAACUUUUGACUGGUACUGUAUGUGGAUUAAAGAGAGAAUGCAGAGAAACAGGUGAGCUAUUCUAAGUAAAAAUAAAAAUUAAUGUGUGCACUUACCACACCUGCAGUAAACGUCAUAUGGGACCAGCCCCAAUGACCAAAUUCCAACUUACUCACCUGCCUACAGUAUAUAUAUAUAUAUAUAUAGCCGUACAUAUAAGCCAAAUGUGCCAACCCAACAGGACUACAUAGAAGAACGAACGGAUGAAUGCACAGAAACAGAUUUUAAUGGACAAGGAGCUUCUGACAAUGGGGAAUCAAAUGAAGGUUCUUGUGCUUCUUCUGUUGAUGAUGACCAUGUAUAUCCCUCCAGCCACCACAUCAACAACCCCUGUGUGUGGCAUCACUGCUGUCAACAAUAAAAUAGUGGGAGGUCAAGAUGCCUCUGCAGGAAGUUGGCCCUGGCAGGCAAGCCUCCAAGAAUCUGGCAGCCACGUUUGUGGUGGGUCCCUCGUCAACAAGGAGUGGGUGAUGUCUGCAGCCCACUGCUUCUCCAGCACAAGCCCAAACGGUUGGAGCAUUAUCCUUGGUCGACAGAACCAGCAGGGCAGUAACCCCAACGAAGUGUCCACAACUGUGGAUGAGAUCGUUUUACAUCCAGCUUACGAUAGAAGCACACAGGACAACGACAUCGCUCUGCUCAGACUCUCCUCACCAGUUAACUUCACUGAUUACAUCUUUCCCGUCUGUCUGGCAUCAAGUGACAGUGUUUUCCACCAGGGCACUGAGAGCUGGGUGACUGGCUGGGGCAAUACCAAUGAAGGAGAUCCCCUCCCCCCACCCCAGACUCUGCAAGAAGUGGAGGUUCCAGUUGUGGGGAACACACAGUGUGACUGCCUGUAUGGGGCCGGCUCAAUCACAGACAACAUGCUCUGUGCUGGUGUUCUGGAAGGGGGCAAGGACUCAUGUCAGGGUGACUCAGGAGGUCCAAUGGUGGUUAAACAGAACUCCGUCUGGGUCCAGUCUGGUGUUGUUAGUUGGGGUUAUGGCUGCGCUCAGCCUAAUCUCCCUGGGGUCUACACCAGAGUGUCCAGUUACCAGUCCUGGAUCAACUCCCAGAUCGGCACCGACCAGCCAGGCUUUGUGGAGUUUACAUCCAGUGGGGUAGAUGCUGACAGCAGUUACAUCUGUCCUACUGUCGACCCCACUGACACAGAUUCCAUUUUUGAUAAAGGGCAGGGUUUGUUUGGCUCCCUUUAUAUGCUGAGCGCCUUGUUCAUUCUGGUGUUUCUUACCACUUAAAGAAUUGAUUCCUACAAUCAAGGGUGAGGUUUUAUUGGCAGCCUGAGUUCAUGUACUAUUCGUUCGGGAGAUUUUUCUUUCAAAGUAAAGGCUGAUGUGCCCUGGGAAAACAAGAGUGGGGAAGGAGGUAGCCUAAUGCCUAAAGUUCUAUCCUGUGUAUGUGCAAUUACGUCUUUGAGUUACCCCAGAUCUGCUCCCCUUUUCCCUGGGCACAUCUGAUUUAGUGUUGUUUUCAAUGGGCCUUACUAUUGUAUUGAUUUAUUUGUGAAGAUGGAUAACUUGAAAUAUAUUUACGUAUUCAUUUAAGGGGCAAUAAGAGAUUCAAACAAAAGCACAGCCUGCUUUGGUAAACAGCUGAGGGAUAGGGAUGGAGAAUUGUAACUUUAGGUGCAAGGAGUGACUGAUGGCUUUAACAAUGUUUUGUAAGGUUUACAAUGUUGCUUUACAAUGAUUUUGUUUACAGACAAUAGAGUAAAACAAGCUUAUAUUUUCGCUUUUGACGAAGUAAGACAGUUGCACUAAGCUCAUGAGGCAUUAUAAGUUGUAUUGUUCUAGAAUGAAUGGCUGUAUAUCUUUAAAGACGCACUCCUGUCUCCUUUUCAUUUAGCACCUGAAUUACUUAACAAAAGUUACAUCUCAGUUGGUGGUCCAGGUAUCCUCAUGACAUAGCAAAAGGGGAGUCAGAUGACGUCCAGUAAACCCAUCAGACCAACUUAUUUAAUGGCCAACUCUCGAAGUAUGCAAUUGUGUCUAAAAAACAAAGAAAUUGCUGGAGAGUGUCUAUUAAUUUAAGUCUAACAAUGGUUGUACCAUUCCCAGAUUGCCCUUUUAAUAUUUAACAAAUUACAUAUCCUUUUGCUUUGAAAGCUGUAUAACACUGCAAAAUCAAAGAUCUUUAUGGCCUAGUGGUUAGUGGCGCAGCCCCCAGAGCACACGUUGUGUCGGCGUAGGUACUGCUGCCUACAUGACACACUGUUGUCUCUUGUCUUUCCUGUCUCCUCUUUCUAUCUUUCCUAUCAAUAAAGCAUGGGUAACAGUAUAUUUUAAUCAAGUUCACAUAUUAACCAACCCUGGAGAAGGCACUGCAUUACAGAAAUGUUGGUUAUAAGGUUUACCCAUUAAAUUUUUGGGCGCAUA